AUGGCGUCCGGUGAUCGGAAAUUCCCAGGACGAACGAGUCAGCCGUUGUCUCCCCCGACGCCGAUUGUGCAGCCAUCUACUCCGACGAAGCGUGUCUUGGUCUCUACUCUUCUCGCAGGAGUGAUUGGUGGAGGAGCUGGUUUAUUGUCAAAACACAGGAAAGCUCAUCCCAACAUUCCAACUAUCUACGCUACUAACUUCGCUAUCGUCGCUGGUUGCUAUUGCGGAGCUCGUGAGUUUGUGAGAAUAACCCGAAGAUCAGAGCAAGAUGAUUUGAUGAACUCUGUUAUUGGAGGACUUUUCAGUGGUGCUUUGCUUGGACGAAUUCAAGGAGGUCCUCAUGGUGCAUUUCGCUACUCUAUGAUGUUUGCUGCUAUGGGCACAGCUUAUGAUUAUGCUUCCCUUAGAGCAAAGCCAAUGUUAGAGAGCUUUCGUGACAUGGAUUCGAUCAAGUUGCCUGAAUGGUCUCCUAUACAAAUCCUCGACGAAGAAGCCAUAGCAAAGAAGAAAGCUCAGGAACAGAAAAUAUUCGCAGAAAGAUCCUUCGGCAGAUUGAACAAGGAAGAGACUUGA